ACGCUGUAUAAAAUCCGACGACGUCCGGCGUCGUCAGCGAGAGUGUCGCGACGCUUUUUAAAGGUUUCACAGACGCGGUGCCGGGAAAACUAUACUAAAGUUUCAACUGUUUUAUUGACUCGUAACAGAUUUUUCUGUCGUGGUGAAAUUGUUUUGGUGUUUUCUUGCCAUGGCGGUCCAUAUGAGAAGAAAUGACCUGCCCAGGGUGGAGAGGUUUAAGUUUACCAGAUACGAGUCCAUCGACUCUAGAGGUAUGGCUUCGCCACCCACUACCCCCGUGAGCCCCAAGGAGUACGACAUCGUGGUAACCACUGCUAGUGACAAGGAAGACAUUUUAAAUUUUCUAAGGGAGUUUUUCUUCAGGGAUGAACCUCUUAAUAAAUAUUUAGAUUUAAUAAACGAAAAUAACCCCAGAUGUAAAGAUCUCGAGUACUUUUCCACCAAGAACAUCGACAACGGCCUAAACCUGAAAGCGAUACACAACGGGAAAAUCAUCGGAGUCUGCUUGAACGAUUUAUUGAAAAGAGGUUAUUUACAGGAUCCCCCUGACGAACACGAGAUAACCGAUCCGAAAUUUUCGAAAAUCGUUAGAAUGUUGGGCAAAGUGGAGGUCGAGUCUGAUAUUUUUUCGAAAUUUCCCGAUAGUGACACCGCCAUGACCACCAAAAUUCUUACGGUGAAUAACGCGUAUAGGGGCCAAGGCAUCGCCAAGGAACUCUUGAAUAAAACCAGAGAAAUGGCCAAGGAAUUGGGAGCCGGUUUUAUGUCGGUGGACUGCACCAGCCAUUUUACCGCUUUGGCCCUAAAGAAGCUGGGUUUCGAGUGCAUUUACACCCUCAGAUACGCGGAUCAUAAAGAAAACGGGGAGGUCGUAUUUAAGCCCGAACCGCCACACGAAUCAGUUACCGUUUAUGUACAAAAAAUUAUGUAAAUUUCAUUAAGUAUGUAUCUACUUAUAAUAUACUUGUUUGGGAGCUCCUUUUGUAAUGUUAUACAGGAAAUUUUUUUAUAUUUAUAAGGAACAGUUGAUUAGUUCAAUGAUGAGUUGAUUAGUUCAACAAAGUUGUUCAAUGAUGUGAUAACGCUACGUACAGGACCUUAUUUGUGCUUUACAAGCAUACUGUACUGUAUUUCUUGUUGAGAGUAUAUAAUAUGUUUGUAUAAUCAUAAAGUACCUACUUCGGCCUAUAUUAUAUUUUUAAUAAACGAAUUUUUAAGACUAGACUGUGCGAGCACAAAGAUGCGGUAUUUGGUGUUAUAAUAAAUGAAAGUUUGGUUGUUUUAGUUAUUAAGGGAUAUUAUUAAAUUUGAUGUCUGUAUGUG